UGCUCGCUCAGUUUUUUUACGCCCACUUCAGCAAUAAAUCAGAAAACUCUCCAAACACUCCGAGUGUGGACCUCAAAGCAUCCUUACUGAAUUGUUGUUAGCAGCGUGUCUUUCCCUCCAUCAUGGACGGUGUUCCUGCUCCUCUGCGGUGCUUCAGUGAGCAGCACACGGGAGAAAUGUUUGUGGAUGACGGAGUGGAAACGGUUACUUCAGUGGAGCAGAAAAAGGUGGAGCAGACCAUUGAAGAAGCCAUCAACGUUUACAAGCAAAUGCACAACUUACCACAGCCAACAUUGUUGCGAGAACAACAUUACCAGUACCUCAAGAAGGGGCUACGUCACCUAUCAGAUGCUUACGAGUGUCUGGAUGCGAGCAGACCGUGGCUUUGCUUCUGGAUCCUCCACAGCCUGGAGUUACUGGAGGAGCCCAUUCCUCCCGCUGUCGCCUCUGAAGUGUGUCAGUUUCUGGCUCACUGUCAGAGCCCAACGGGGGGGUUCGCUGGAGGACCAGGGCAGCACGCCCACCUCGCCCCGACCUACGCUGCUGUCAACGCCCUGUGCAUCAUCGGCACAGAGGAGGCCUACGGCGUGAUAGACAGGGAGAAGCUUCUAGACUUCCUCUGGUCAUUGAAGCAGCAAGACGGCUCCUUUGUGAUGCACAUCGGAGGGGAGGUAGAUGUCAGGAGUGCUUACUGUGCAGCUUCUGUUGCAUCGCUCACAAACAUCAUGGCUCCUAAACUGUUUGAAGACACGACCAACUGGAUCCUCAGCUGUCAGAACUGGGAGGGGGGUCUGAGUGGCGUUCCAGGCCUGGAGGCACACGGUGGUUAUACUUUCUGUGGUACGGCCGCCCUCGUCAUACUGGGCAAAGAACACAUGCUGGAUCUAAAGGCCUUGCUGCGCUGGGUGGUCAGCAGGCAGAUGCGCUUUGAAGGAGGCUUCCAGGGUCGCUGUAACAAACUGGUCGACGGAUGCUACUCCUUUUGGCAAGCUGGACUCUUGCCUCUCCUCCACAGAGCCUUAUUCAACGACGGAGAGUCGGAGCUCAGUCGGCAGUGCUGGAUGUUUGACCAGCAGGCCCUUCAGGAGUACAUCCUCCUGUGCUGUCAGAAUCCAACAGGGGGCCUUCUGGAUAAGCCUGGCAAGUCCAGAGACUUUUACCACACGUGUUACUGUCUUAGCGGCCUCUCCAUAGCACAACACUUUGGAAACUUGGAGCAUUACAACGAGGUGAUCCUCGGCAAGGAGGAGAACCGGCUGGCUCCCACUCACCCAGUAUACAACAUCUGUCCUGACAAGGUGGCUCAGGCUGUGCAGCACUUCCGCCAGUUGCCCGUCCCGCACGCCAGCAGGCAGGCGGGACCGUCUGCUGACUCCAACCCUUCAGAACCAGCCUCUGAUGCUGCAGGGAGUCAGUCAUAGGUGGAUCGUCGGCUUCAACCCGCUCACUCUGACCACAGGACUAGACCCAAGCAGGGAUCGGUACGGAUGAAAAAAGGGAGCAGACUGGACGACCAUCUGGAGAACUUCUGAGGGAUUCCUACUCACGUUUCUGACAGUGUUUUCUUUUCUUUUUUUAUCCGAUGAAAGGAAAUUGUGACUUUAAAUGAUUUCAGUAUCACCUGACUUAAUAAAAGUUUAUACAGCAGUUCUCAUAA